AAUAGGACCUUUGCAUCUUGCCAUUCACGUGGUACAAAACCCCCGUGCUGGAGAGCAAAAGUCGCACUGGGACAAGACAAACAAAGGAAAUUACCAUUUAAAAUUCAUGAAUGCCGUUUGUUUGCCAUGUCCCAGUGGUCUCCAGCACGGCAGUUUUGUACCACGUGAAUGGCUAGCUGCAGGGCCUAUUGUCUGUGACUUGUUCACAGUAUAAUCUCGAUAAUUUAAAAAACGUUAUUUCAUAAACAAACCAAAAAAAAGGUUCUGCGCAUCCCAAAAUUAUUAACUCCUUCCUUUCCGCAUUGGGUUUUGAUCUAAUUUCUUUUUCCUACUUACGCUCGGUCCAUCUAUAUUGUAUGCAGUCUGUCCCAAUAUGGCAACCCUGAAUGAGACAUCAGGAAUUCUUACCAGUCCUUACUAUCCAAGGCGUUACCCUUCGAACGUGAAAUGUAGCUGGAAAAUUAUAGCAAGUAAAGGAGAACGCAUUUUGUUGUUCAUUGAAGACAUUCAUAUCGAGGACUGUGGUUUAUCUUGCACGUGUGGCUACCUGGAAAUACAAAAUGGCUCAUCCUCUGAUGGAAUUUCAAGCAGGCGAAGAUGUAAAUACUAUAAAGACCGUGGGAUAGUAUACCAUUCGGUAAAAGAUGUCCUGACAGUGACGUUUGUUUCUGAUAAUGGUACUUACCGGCGGUACCGCGGAUUUAAGGCAACUUACAUCAAAGUGAAGUAUAAUGCAACAAACACCGGUAAGUUAUUAAAAAUCGGCUUUACACGCAAAGUUAAAGGUUUAUGUGCAGGCGAUCAGGUCAUCAAUUUUCAGCAAGUUAGAUACUUGAAAACAUUAUUGCCUUAUAACAGGCUUAUAGCAACUGUAACAUUCAAAUACUUUACGAAGUACAACAACACAAACUAAAAUGCCGAUGAAAUACCGACAAUUUUCAUUCGCGUGAUUUUAAAAGUGUUUUGUUGCAAAUCUCCUUUUUUUAUGUUUAUCUAUUGCAACCCUUUUGAUUGCUUUUUUUUUUUGGUUUACAGACAAAAUUACUCUUUGAUGUUGGAUUAGAAAGCUAAAAAAUGUUUAUUUUCGUCUUGUUACAGCUUGUACCUCUGGUGAAUAUGUUAAUCAACUAAGUGGAUUCUUUUCAACUCCAAAUUUUCCAAGUAACUACCCUCAAUACAGCAAAUGUACCUGGAAUAUCACAGUUCCUAGCGAGUACAUCAUUAAACUUAGCUUCCUUUACUUUCGAUUGGAGCCAUAUCAGUCCAUUCCCUGCUAUAAUGCUCCAGAGGCCCGUGUUACAGUCACAAAUGUUGCUUCGGAUGAUGGGUAUCAGCCGUUCAUGCUUUGCGGUCAGUCUCUUUUCCAUCCAGUGUACUCGGUAGGGAAUUCCGUUCAAGUCAUAUUCACGUCUCUGCGCAGUCAAUACCCAGGGUUUAAUGCAACUUACACGGCUAUCACUUAUAGUAGAGGUACGUGGUAUACAUUAUUUAUCAGACAUCAAUGACUGAGAUAAGAUUUAAAAACCAUCACCACUAAAAGCUCGACCAAUAAAAGGUAAUCCAAGAGAGUCUUCUCAAGAAAAAUCAUAGAUUCCAAAUCCCAGAACUUACGAACAUAUUUCUCACAGUUAAGGUUGCUUUGUUUGUGAAUUCUUCUAACGUAGUUGUUGUUCACAUGGGCUUUAAUAACAAAGAAAGAAAACGUGAACUACAGAACAAUUUUUUUAUGCCAGAGUAAGCGCAAGCGCCUAAUACCCAUACAAUGCUUGGUUGGGGCACGGAACGGACUCUUAAAAACUUCGCAAGAAGGCAGUCAAUUGUCUGUGACUUAUUCACUACGUAAACUCGAUAAUGUAAAAAAAGAUAUUCCGCACACAAACCAAAAAAAGGUUCUGGCGCAACUCAAAAUUAUUAAGUCCUUCCGUUCCGUAUUAUUUAGUUUUGAUCUAAUUCCUUGUCAAGUUAACUAGAUUCUUUUUUUAAAGUGGUAUAAUUCUAAUUUUCAUCGAUACUUAGGCUUAGUCCAUUUAUAUUGCUUGCAGUCUGUCCCAAUAUGGCAACCCUGAAUGAGACAUCAGGAGUUCUUACCAGUCCUUUCUAUCCAAGGCGUUACCCUUCGAACGUGAAAUGCAGCUGGAAAAUUAUAGCAAGCAAUGGAGAACGCAUUUUGUUGUUCAUUGAAGACAUUCAGAUUACGAACUGUGGUUCAUCUUGCACGUGUGACUACCUGGAAAUACAAAAUGGCUCAUCCUCUGAUGGCAUCUCAGGCAGGCGAAGAUGUAGAUACUAUAAAGACCGUGGGAUAGUGUACCAUUCGGUAAAAGAUGUCCUGAGGGUGACGUUUGUUUCUGGCAGUGGUACAUACCGGCGGUACCGUGGAUUUAAGGCAACUUACAUCAAGGUGAAAUAUAAUGCAACAAACACCGGUAAGUUAGUCAAAAUCGGCUUUAAACGCAAAGUUAAAUCAAUUUUUAAAGUCAUAAAUUUAUAUGUAAAUAGUUUCUUAAUAGGCUUAUUGAUAAUCAAUUUGUGAUUUCAUAAAUUCUAUGGGCAAAUAGUUUCUUAAUAAUUGUUUAUUGACAACUCUUGAGUAUUUUACUUUUUUAUUUUUAUUUAUUUAUUUAUUUAUUUUUAUUAUUUUGUUUGUUUGUUUGUUUGUUUUUUGAUUACCUGCACUAUUAAUAUUUUUAUCUGAAAAGCCCCCAUGAGGAGUUGACAAUAAAGUUUGUAUUGUAUUGUAUCAAUUUUCAGCAAGUUAUAUAAAACAUUAUUGCCUUAUAACGGGCUUAUAGCAACUGUAACAUUCAAAUACUUUACGGAGUAAAACAACACAUAACUAAAAUGCCGAUGAAUUGCCAAAAAUUUUCAUUCACAUGAUGUUAAAAGUGUUUUGUUGCGAAUCUCCUUUUUUAUGUUUAUCUAUUGCAACGCUUUCCUGAUUGAGCUUUUUUUUUUUUUGGUUCACAGACAAAAUUACUCUUUGAUUUUGAAUUAUAAAGCUAAAUCAUGUUUAUUUCCUCUUGUUGCAGCUUGUACCUCUGGCGAAUAUCUUAACGGAUUUAGUGGACUCUUUUCAACUCCAAAUUUUCCUAGUAACUACCCUCAAUACAGCAAAUGUACUUGGAAUAUCACAGUUCCCAGCGGGUACAUCAUUAAACUUAGCUUCCUCUACUUUCGAUUGAAGCCAUAUCAGUAUAUUCCCUGCUAUAAUGCUCCAGAGGCCCGUGUUACAGUCACAAAUGUUGCUUCAGAUGAUGGGUAUCAGCCGUUCAUGUUGUGCGGUCAGUCUCUUUUCCUUCCAGUGUACUCGGUAGGGAAUUCCGCUCAAGUAAUAUUCACGUCUAUGAGCAGUCAAUACCCAGGGUUUAAUGCAAGUUACACGGCUAUCACUUAUAGUUCAGGUACUUGGUAUACAUUAUUUACAAGACAUCAAUGACUGAGUUAAGAUUUAAAUACCAUCGCCAUCGACAAAUCGCCCAAUAAAAGGUAAUGCAAGAAAGUCUUGGAUUCUGGAUUCUAGGAGUGGAUUCCGGAUGUCAUUGGCAUUUAGAUUACUGAUUCCAAUCAUAAGUAGGAUUCCGGUUUCCUAAAUUAAAAUCACAGAUUCCAAAUCCCAGUACUUACGAACAUAUUUCUCACAGUUAAUGUUGCUUUGUUUGUGAAUUUUCGCAAUGUAGCUGUUGUUCACAUGGGCUUUCUUAACAAAGAAAGAAAACGUGAACGACAGAACAUUCUUUUUUUUUUUUUAAUCCUAGAGUAAGCGCGGUCGCCUAAUACCCACUAAAAUGUUCGUUUGAGUCACGUAACGGACUCUUAAAAACACCGUGCGAAGGCAGUCAAUUGUCUGUGACUUGUUCACAAUAAAAUCUCGAUAAUUUUAAAAAAUUUAUUUCCGACACAAAUUUAAAAAAAGUUUCCGGCGCAUACCAAAAUUAUUAAGUCCUGCCGUCCUGCAUUUGGUUUUGAUCUAAUUCCUUCUCAAGUUAACUAGAUUCUUUUUUUUAAAGCGGGAUAAUUAACAAUUACUCUUUGAAAUCGGGGUGAAUAGUAGCAAAAUAUUUACCGGGCCACGAAGCGGCGAGGUAAGUAUUCCUAAAGCCACUAUUCACCGAGAUUGAAAAGAAUAAUUGUUUUAGUAUAUAUACACACGAAGUGAUCUCACCAAAAUCGGAGAGGAAACCAUUAAAAAGUACGAUUUGAUUGACAGAUCAGGUCAGCUAGACACGCGACAGUUUAAAAAUAGAUCUUUGUACAAUUUUCAAACAUGGCAAUUCACAAGCUUAUCACUUCGCAAACAACAGCGUAAUGACUUAAAUGCAACCGCUAAAAGUUUGAACUGUUUUCUUACCUGAGAAGAAAAAAAGAGCUUUGUUGUUUUCUGUUGACUCGCCAAGUUUAUAGGCAAAAGGGUUUGUUGUGUCGUUCUUCGCAUGAAGUGCUGACAAAAAUGUCGAUUCCGUUCCUUGAGGUAAGACGUCGUCUUCGUGUAGCAUUCUUUCUUGUGUUGACUUAAAACGUAGAAUUUCUGCAAACAUUUGCUUUCAAAUUUGUUUGUCAUAAAUAAACUUCGUCUUUGGGCCAAAUUUUUCUUGUUAGGAAACGCUGAGUUCACGAAACGGCCUCUUCUAGGCGAACGUACGGGAGUUGUAAACAAUCCAUCGACCACAAAACUCAACAACAGUAAAUGGAAAAAUGCCGUUUUGAAUCCUUCGAAGUCUUUUCUUGCCUGAAAAAAAGUCAACCCUAGGAUUUUGUCGACUUUUAAAAGAUCUUUCUCUAAGAAAAUGGGAAAAAAAACCGAGCUCACACAUUAUCCACUAGCUGAGAGGUGAAUAUUGUUGAAUAGUCCGAGAUAGCGAACAAACAGAUCGCUUAAAUCACCAAGAUCACUGAGUGUGUAUAUACUAAUUCUAAUUGUCCUCGAUACUUAGGCUUAGUCCAUUUAUAUUGCUUGCAGUCUGUCCCAAUAUGGUAACCCUGAAUGAGACAUCAGGAGUUCUUACUAGUCCUUACUAUCCAAGGCGUUACCCUUCGACCGUGAAAUGCAGCUGGAAAAUUAUAGCAAGUAAAGGAGAACGCAUUUUGUUGUUCAUCGAAAACAUUCAGAUUACGUACUGUGGUUCAUCUUGCACGUGUGACUACCUGGAAAUACAAAAUGGCUCAUCCUCUGAUGGCAUUUCAGGCAGGCGAAGAUGUAGAUACUAUGCAGACCGUGGGAUAGUAUACCAUUCGGUAAAAGAUGUCUUGACGGUGACGUUUGUUUCUGAUAGUAGUACUUAUCGGCGGUACCGUGGAUUUAAGGCAACUUACAUCAAAGUGAAAUAUAAUGCAACAAACACAGGUAGGUUAUUAAAAAUUGGCUUCAGCAAAAUUAAAGUUAAAGUUAACGCAAAGUUAAAGGUUUAUGUGCAGGCGAUCAGGUGAUCAAUUUUUAGCAAGUUAUAGAAAACAUUAUUGCCUUAUAACGGGCUUAUAGCAAUUGUAACACUCAAAUACUGUACGGAGUAAAACAACACAAACAAAUUAAAAUGCAUAUGGAAUGCCAACAAUUUUCAUUCGCACGAAGUUAAAAGUAAAGUGUUUUGUUGCGGGUCUCCUAUUUUUUAUGUUUAUCUAUUGCAACGCUUUCCAUUGAUAUUUUCUUUUUUUGGUUCACAGAGAAAAUUACUCUUUGAUUUGAAUUAUAAAGCUAAGUCAUGCUUAUUUCCUCUUGUUGCAGCUUGUUCGUCUAGCGAAUAUCUUAAUGGAUUUAGUGGAUUCUUUUCAACUCCAAAUUUUCCGAGAAACUACCCUCAAUACAGCAAAUGUACCUGGAAUAUCACAGUUCCCAGCGGGUACAUCAUUAAACUUAGCUUCCUCUACUUUCGAUUGGAGCCAUAUCGGUAUAUUCCCUGCUAUAAUGCCCGUGUUACAGUCACAAAUGUUGCUUCAGAUGAUGGGUAUCAGCCGUUCAUGUUGUGCGGUCAGUCUCUUUUCCAUCCAGUGUACUCGGUGGGGAGUUCCGUUCAAGUCAUAUUCACGUCUCUGCGCAGUCAAUACCCAGGGUUUAAUGCAACUUACACGGCUAUCACCUAUAGUUCAGGUACUUCGUAUAAGUUAUUUACAAGACAUCAAUGA